GCCCAAACCAAAUCUGCUGACGAAAACAUGGGCACUGCCCCUCGUACAUAGAGUUGGGAGUAACAUCAGAGUGCAGCAGGACAUCCCCACAGAAGGAGGUCUCUCAGGAUGAUUGUGAAAAAAGCAUUAAAAACAUCCCUGAGGUUUAAUGAGUCCUCCAACAUGAAAUUAGGUGUGAACAAUCAAAAAGACGUCAAAACGUUUCAAUUCUUCGGGGCAAUUUUGAUGCUUGGUGGUGUUGUCGCGAUGACUGUUUACCUCAUGAGAGUGGGCAGCACAGAUGAUUCCAAUGGAGAAGAAACAGUUGUCAGCAUUUACAAAGAGCUGGAGGAGGAAGGAGGACUCUACGGAGAUCUCCCAAGAACCACAAUAACUGAGGAGGACAGCAUUAGAUCCAAUGAUUCCUGCAGCUUUGACCUGGUGGAAAAUGUUCCUUAUGACUUACCCUUUGAGAUAAAUAGCACUGCAGCCAAACCCUUGUACCAAGCCUGGAUGAGAUUGCUUGAUCUAGCCCAGGAAAAAGUUCAUGUGGCCUCUUACUAUUGGUCUCUUACUGGGAAGGAUAUCAGUGUCAAUGACUCAUCUUCCAAGCAGGGUGAAGAUAUUCUGAAGAGGUUUGAGAGAUUACUUGCAGAGAAUGUCUCUGUGUAUGUUGCAGCAAGUGUGCCAACUUUGGCUACAAAAUCAACGGACCUUGAGCUUUUAGAGGCAAAAGGGGCUCAUGUGAAAAAGAUUGAUUUUGGACAUUUGACAGGAGGAGUGUUGCAUAGCAAAUUCUGGAUAGUAGACAUGAAGCACAUAUAUAUUGGUAGUGCAAACAUGGACUGGAGGUCUUUAUCUCAGGUGAAGGAGUUUGGUGCUGUGAUAUACAACUGCAGCUGCUUGGCCAAAGACCUCUGGAAAACGUUUAGUACUUACUGGGAUCUUGGAUAUGCUAAUGCUACCAUCCCAUUCCCUUGGCCUCUUAAUUAUUCUACCCAUAUUAACAACCGUCGGCCUCUGGAAGUAGAAUUUAAUGGAAUCUUGACAAAAGUCUAUUUUUCUGCUUCUCCUCCAGCAUUUUGUCCAAAAGGUCGCACCCAUGACCUCUAUUCUAUAAUCAGUAUUAUCAGUCAGGCACAGAAGUUUGUGUACAUUUCUGUUAUGGAAUAUUUCCCUACCAGCCGUUUUGUUCAUCCAAGAAGAUACUGGCCAGCCAUUGACAAUGCUCUGAGACGUGCAGCUUUCAACCGCGGAGUGCGAGUCCGGCUCCUGGCUGGCUGCUGGACAAACUCUGACCCAGCCAUGCUCAACUAUCUGAGGUCCUUGCGUGCUCUCAACAACCCACAUGCCCACAUCAGUGUCGACGUGAAACUCUUCAUUGUUCCAGUUCUGAAUCACACAAACAUUCCUCAUGGGAGAGUGAAUCACAACAAAUAUAUGGUCACUGAUAAAGUAGCCUACAUUGGGACUUCCAACUGGUCAGAAGAUUACUUCACUAAUACAGCUGGUGUUGGACUAAUUAUCAAACAGAAUUGGACCAAUCUGCAAAGAAGGCAACUGCCUGUCCAGGAACAGGUAAAAAACCUUUUUGAGCGAGACUGGAAUUCCAAAUAUGCAGUGAAUCUGGAAGAUGUGCAGGGACAGAAAGACUGUAACUGGCAAGGCCAACUCUGAAGUGAAUUGAAAUGUACAUUUAAAAUAGAAACAAAAAAUAUAUUUGAAUUUUGUUCCCUUGCAAAUCAAGGAACGUUCUUCUUUUUGUCUUUGUCAGAGAAAUCACUUCCUCAUGGUGUCCGCAUUGAUAAUACAAGAAUUUCUGAUAGUUGACUAUACCUGCAAAACCAUUAGUCAGCGUGUGAUGUUUAAUUUUUUGUGUGAUUACCUUAUCCCAACGUUAAUAAAAUGCAUAGUGUUGUAUGACAA